GGACCUGGAAUCAGUCUUCAGCAGAGCUGCUUGCACGGGGCCGGAGUGGGUAGAAGUAGAGAGGCGAUCGGUAGCUGUGAAGUAUUAGUUGGCUGAUUUAAAAAGCCUAGAGUCCCCCGGAAUUAACAGAAGAUGCAAUUAUAGUAUUUUUGAAAGCACACUGGACUUCAGACAUUUAAAUGUUUAGUUUUAUUCACAGACAUUCAUUUGGAAAGUGUAAUAUGUGCUGAUACCAAAACCAGCCAUCCGAGGACUGAAUGAAGGUUUGUGUGGUGAAUGAACAAACAUCAGAAUAUAGAGUCUGGGAAAAUAAUUACGGACAUGGCUGACAGAACAGCUCCGAAUUGUCAUCUGCGGCUUGAAUGGGUCUACGGCUACCGGGGACAUCAGUGCCGCAACAACCUGUACUACACGGCGGCAAAGGAAAUAGUCUAUUUCGUUGCCGGUGUGGGAGUAGUUUACAACUCAAGGGAGCACAAGCAGAAAUUUUACUUGGGGCACAACGAUGACAUAAUCAGCUUGGCCCUGCAUCCGGAGCGCGUGCUGGUGGCCACGGGGCAGGUGGGCAAGGAGCCCUACAUUUGCGUGUGGGACUCAUACACGGUGCAGACAGUGUCCAUCCUGAAGGACGUGCACACGCACGGCAUCGCCUGCCUGGCCUUCGACCUCGACGGACAGUGUUUGGUGUCUGUGGGCUUGGACUCAAAGAACACAAUCUGUAUAUGGGACUGGAGGAGGGGGAAGGUUCUGGCUGCAGGUCCGGGUCACACAGAUCGGAUAUUUGACAUAUCAUGGGAUCUGUACCAGACAAACAAACUGGUGAGCUGUGGAGUCAAACAUAUUAAGUUUUGGACCCUGUGCGGCAACGCCCUGACCCCAAAACGCGGGGUUUUCGGCAAGACUGGUGACCUGCAGACUAUCCUGUGCCUGGCCUGUGCAAGGGACGAAAUCACCUACUCGGGCGCGCUGAAUGGAGACAUCUACGUCUGGAAAGGCAUCAGUCUGGUUCGGACAGUGCAGGGCGCACACGGGUCUGGCAUCUUCAGCAUGAACGCCUGUGAGGAGGGCUUUGCCACGGGGGGCCGGGAUGGCUGUGUCCGCCUCUGGGAUCUGACCUUCAAGCCAAUUACGGUGAUUGAUCUCAGGGAAACAGACCAAGGCUAUAAAGGACUCUCUGUGCGCAGUGUCUGUUGGCGGGGCGACCACAUCAUCGUGGGCACCCAGGACAGCGAGAUCUUCGAGGUGGUGGUGCACGAUCGCAACAAGCCCUUCCUCAUCAUGCAGGGCCACUGCGAAGGCGAGCUGUGGGCUCUGGCUGUGCAUCCCACCAAGCCCCUGGCGAUGACUGGCAGUGACGACCGUUCAGUCAGGAUAUGGAGCCUCAUUGACCACGCACUGAUAGCACGCUGCAACAUGGAUGAGCCUAUCCGCUGUGCGGCCAUCAGCACGGAUGGCAUCCACCUAGCGAUGGGCAUGAAGGACGGCUCCUUCACCGUCCUACGGGUCAGGGACAUGACGGAGGUGGUGCACAUCAAGGACCGCAAGGAAGCCAUCCAUGAGCUGAAAUACUCUCCUGACGGGGCCCACCUGGCCGUGGGCUCCAACGACAACGUGGUGGACAUCUAUGGAGUGGUGCAGCGCUACAAGAAGGUGGGCGAGUGCCUUGGAUCGGAGAGUUUCAUCACGCACAUGGACUGGUCGGCCGACAGCAAGUUCCUACAGACCAAUGACGGCGCCGGCAAGCGGCUCUUCUACAGGAUGCCGGUUGGCAAGGAGGUCACCAACAAGGAGGAGAUGAAGCUGGUCCAGUGGGCCACGUGGACAUCUGUCCUAGGCACUGAGGUGAAUGGCAUAUGGCCUAAGUAUUCUGAAAUCAACGACAUCAACUCAGUGGAUGCCAACUUCAACAGCCAAGUAAUAGCAACAGCGGAUGAUUACGGAAUAGUGAAACUUCUACGUUUCCCCUGUAUACGGAGAGGAGCAAAGUUUAAAAAAUAUUUAGGUCAUUCUGCCCAUAUAACCAAUAUCAGGUGGUCACAUGACUACCAGUGGGUGAUUACUAUUGGUGGAGCUGAUCACUCUGUGUUCCAGUGGAAGUUUGUCAGUGACAGAAAACCUACAAAAGAGGGCCUUCAUAUAGCACCCCAAGAAAGUCUGAUUGACUCCCACAGCGAGGAGUCCGAUUCUGACCAGUCAGACGUGCCUGAGAUGGACUCUGAGAUUGAACAGGAGACUCAGCUCACUUACCGACGGCAGGUUUACAAAGAAGAUCUACCUCAGCUCAAAGAGCAGUACAAGGUGAAACACAGGCUGAUUGCGACAAAGAAGCGAGAGAGGCCUCCCGUAAGUGGUGUGAAGCUCCACUUCGUGCACGGCUACAGGGGCUACGACUGCAGGAGCAACCUGUUCUACACGCAGACGGGGGAGAUUGUAUACCACGUGGCAGCAGUAGGGGUGGUGUAUAACCGGCAGCAGAACACUCAGCGGUUCUACCUGGGUCAUGACGACGACAUCCUCUGCCUGGCCAUCCACCCCCUGAAGGAUUAUGUCGCGACAGGCCAGAUUGGCCGUGAUCCCUCAAUACAUGUUUGGGACACAGAGAUUCUGAAGCCCAUGUCUGUGUUGAAGGGAUGCCACCAGUACGGAGUGUGUACAUUAGACUUUUCAGUCGAUGGCAAGCGCCUGGCAUCGGUUGGCCUGGAUGACAAUCACACUAUUGUCUUGUGGGAUUGGAGGAAGGGAGAGAAGCUCUCAGCCAUCCGAGGAAGCAAAGACAAGAUUUUUGUUGUCAAGAUAAACCCUUACAUGCCUGACAAGCUCAUCACUGCCGGGAUCAAACACAUGAAGUUCUGGCACAAAGCAGGUGGGGGUCUGAUUGGGCGGAAGGGAAAUAUGGGGAAGACAGAAACUAUGAUGUGUGCGGUGUACGGCUGGACGGAGGAAAUGGUGUUCUCAGGGACCUGCACAGGGGACAUCUGCAUUUGGAGGGACUUGUUCCUUAUGAAGACGGUGAAGGCCCACGACGGGCCAGUCUUCAGCAUGCACGCCCUGGAGAAGGGCUUUGUGACAGGAGGGAAGGAUGGUGUAGUGGCCCUGUGGGACGAGACCUUUGAGAGAUGCCUGAAAACCUAUGCCAUCAAGCGGGCAGUGCUAGCCCCGGGCUCCAAAGGCUUGCUUCUGGAGGACAACCCCUCCAUACGUGCCAUAUCCCUUGGCCAUGGCCACAUACUUGUGGGGACGAAGAACGGUGAAAUCCUGGAAGUAGACAAAACCGGCCCGAUCACACUGCUGGUCCAGGGCCACAUGGAGGGAGAGGUCUGGGGUUUAGCUACGCACCCCCACCUGCCUAUCUGUGCCACCGUCAGCGACGACAAGACCCUGCGCAUCUGGGACCUCUCCCCCAGCCACUGCAUGCUCGCCGUGCGCAAGCUCCGGAAAGGGGGGCGCUGCUGCUGCUUCUCCCCGGAUGGCAAAGCUCUGGCAGUGGGCCUCAACGACGGCAGCUUCCUCAUCGUCAAUUCCGACACUCUGGAGGAUAUGGUGUCCUUCCACCACCGCAAGGACGUCAUCACUGACCUUCGCUUCUCCCCAGGGACGGGCAAAUACCUUGCAGUGGCUUCGGCAGACAGUUUUGUGGAUAUUUACAAUGUGAUGAGCAGCAAACGGGUCGGCGUCUGCAAGGGAUCCCUCAACAACAUCACCCACCUGGACUGGGACCAGAGAGGAAAGCUACUGCAGGUCAACACCGGGGCUAAGGAGCAGCUAUUUUUUGAAGCUCCGCGUGGCAAGAGGCAGCUGAUUCCCCCGGCGGAGGUGGAAAAAGUAGAUUGGUGCACGUGGACCUGUGUGCUGGGGCCGUCCUGCGAAGGCAUUUGGCCAGUGGUCAGGGAGGUCAGCGAUGUGACCUCUGCAUGCCUGAGCAACGAAAGAACGAUCCUGGCAACCGGGGAUGACCUGGGGUACUUGAAGCUGUUUCGGUAUCCUGUCAAGGGCAAGUACGCAAAAUGCAAGCGCUACGUGGCUCACAGCGCCCACGUGACCAAUGUGCGGUGGACGAACGACGACGCAAUGCUGGUUAGCGUCGGGGGAGGGGACACCAGCCUCAUGGUGUGGAGUUAUGAGCCCGAGAACCAUCGGGAGAUGUGGCUGGGCAACAGCGAGGAGUCUGACCUGGAGAGCGAAGACGACGGGGGAUAUGACAGCGAUGUGACGAGGGAGAAUGAGUGCAACUACACCAUCAAGGCCUUAUCUACCAACCUGCGGCCGAUGUCCGGGGUCAAGCCCCACCUGCAGCAGAAGGAGCUGACUGUGGAUGAGAGGCAGGGAGUAGUAAGAGGCUCCAGACCUCCUGUGAGCAGGGCUCUGCCAGCCCCAGAAAAGCUGCAGACUAACAAUGUGGGCAAGAAGAAGAGGCCCAUCGAGGACCUAGUGCUGGAGCUGGUGUUCGGCUAUCGGGGCAGCGACUGCCGCAACAACGUCCAUUACCUGAACGAUGGGGCGGACAUCAUCUAUAACACGGCCUCGAUCGGCAUCGUCCUCAACCUCGCGACAGCCUCCCAGAGUUUUUACGUGGAACACACCGAUGACAUCCUGUGCCUAACCAUUAACCAGCAUCCCAAGUUCCCCAAUGUCGUGGCAACUGGCCAAGUAGGUGAUUCUGGCGACAUGUCAGCCUCCUCUCCUUCCAUACACGUGUGGGACGCCAUGAACAAGCAAACCCUGUCAGUGCUGCGCUGCUUCCACUCUCGAGGCGUCUGCUCUGUCAGCUUCAGUGCCACUGGGAAGCUGCUCCUGUCCGUGGGGCUUGAUGUCGAGCACACUGUCACCAUCUGGAAAUGGCAGGAAGGUGCCAAAGUGGCCAGCCGGGCAGGACAUACCCAGCGCAUUUUCGUGGCCGAGUUCCGACCCGACUCGGAUACACAGUUUGUGACGGUGGGUGUCAAGCACGUGCGCUUUUGGACUCUGGCCGGCUGUGCGCUGCUCAGCAAGAAGGGCGUCCUCAGCUCCUUAGAAGAGGCGCGCAUGCAGACCAUGCUCUCCGUGGCCUUUGGCGCUAAUAACUUGACAUUUACAGGUACCAUAAGUGGGGAUGUGUGUGUGUGGAGGGAACACAUUCUAGUGCGAAUCGUGGCCAAGGCCCACACAGGCCCCGUGUUCACCAUGUACACCACGCUGCGGGACGGGCUCAUCGUCACGGGUGGCAAGGAGAGGCCGUCAAAGGAGGGAGGUGCUCUGAAGCUGUGGGACCAGGAGCUGAAGCGCUGUCGGGCCUUCCGCCUGGAAACGGGCCAGAUCAUCGACUGUGUGCGCUCUGUGUGCAGGGGGAAGGGGAAGAUCCUGGUGGGAACUCGCAACGCCGAGAUUAUCGAAGUCGGGGAGAAGAACGCCGCCUGCAACAUCCUGGUGAACGGCCAUAUGGACGGGCCCGUCUGGGGCUUGGGAACGCACCCCACCCGCGACGUCUUCCUGUCGGCCGCCGAGGACGGCACCGUGCGCCUCUGGGACAUCGCCGAAAAGAAGAUGCUGAACAAGGUGAACCUGGGUCACCCGGCCUGCACCGUCUGCUACAGCCCUGAGGGGGACAUGGUGGCCAUCGGCAUGAAGAACGGCGAGUUUAUCAUCCUGCUGGUCGCCUCGCUCAAGAUCUGGGGCAAGAAGAGAGACCGGCGGUGCACCAUCCAGGACAUCAGGUUCAGCCCCAGCUCACGGUACCUAGCAGUGGGCUCCAAUGAGAAUGCGGUGGACUUUUAUGACCUGACGCUGGGCCCAGCGCUCAACCGCAUCACCAGCUGCAGGGACAUUCCCAGUUUCAUCUUACACAUGGACUUCUCAGCGGACAACUGCUACAUUCAGUUGUCCACUGGUGUUUACAAACGGCUGGUAUAUGAGGUGCCUUCAGGAAAGCAGGUCACUGAGCAGACAGUCAUUGACAGGAUCACCUGGGCCACAUGGACUAGUGUCCUAGGGGACGAGGUGCUGGGGAUCUGGUCCCGCAAUACCGAUAAAGCGGACGUAACCUGUGCCUGUGUGUCCCACUCUGGCCUGAACAUCGUCACAGGCGAUGACUUUGGAAUGGUAAAGCUGUUUGACUUUCCAUGUCCAGAAAAGUUUGCCAAACACAAGCGGUUUCUGGGCCACUCUGCCCACCUGACAAACGUCCGCUUUACGAGCGGUGACCACUAUGUGAUCAGCGCAGGCGGCGAUGACAGAAGCCUGUUUGUCUGGAAGUGUAUUCAUAUCCCCCACUAGGGGGCACCCUGGGGGCACUGCCACCAUAUUUUUGGGGGCCGCAUGGAAAGUCCAGCAUGGCUAAGGAAUGCAAAGAACCCAAGAAGCGACGCCUGCAUGUUAAAGAGACAGCAAACCAGGCAGCUAGCAGAUCAGAAGGGGGCUGGAGCAAGUCAGCACGCGGUAUGCUGUUUAUCACACCGCCCCCGAAUGUACUGUCCACCACAACCUCACUUCUGGGUAAUCCAUAGUGUAGUUCGCAAAGGUUUCAAAUCACAGGAAGGAUCACAGAACACUUGGAUGCACCACAGAGAUUCCAUCGGCAACUUAAAUGGUCUUUUCCACUCUUUGCGCUGUUUCGUAAAGUCCUGUUUUUGAGUGUGGUUUUUUAGAGGCACGAAUGUGCCAGAUGGUCCACGUCUGUAUAAAUAAUGAAGAAAAUGCCAUUUUUGAUGAUAUGCAUAGAAAACAUAAUUAGCCUUAAACUCUACCUGUUGUGUGUACAGUUACAGCUGGUGUGAAUCUUUGGCUUGAGGUUUACCUUCAGUAUUUUUUGUUAACUUUGAGAGUUCAGAAGGGUUUUUUUUUUCUUUUUUUUCUUUUUUUUUUUUGUUGCUGUCGUUCAAAUCAAAUCUCCCGUGGCCUUCUUCCUGAAUGUACCAUCCGAGUUCUCUUCUGGAUGUCAGCAUGCCAAAGCAAACUAUGCACUAGUAUAAGCGACCCGGUCACUGUGGCGCCGCCGACGGUUCGUCGGCGUAGACGCGCGUUUGCCGGCGGAAGCCGAAACUCCACGAAGACGCGCGAUCCUGCAGACCUGACAUGCAGCAGUUAACCCUCGCCGAUGUGCGUGCGGAGAUGGCGCGCGUGUGUGUGGGCGCGCUCCGCGUACGCCUGCAUGGCUUAACGACAGACAAUCCCUCUCAAACCAAAAGCCCUGGAAAAGUCAAAGUAAACGGAAAAAAAUGGAGGGCAUUUUGAAUGCACUGUUGCUUUUCUUCAGAUUAUUAUUUUAAGUGUACUGCUAAAAGAGAUUUUUCUAAGGUCAUGUCCUCAUUUUGAAAUAAUUGUACUGUAGCCAUUUUUUUUUACCAAAUUGUUUAUUUCUCAAUCACAACUCAGUUCAAUAAGAAUGUUUUGGGGAACAGACACAUCAAUCAAAAAAGUGCAAAAAUAUUUUCUUUCUUAGUAUACAUUUAUUUUGUAUAUAUGCUGAAAUGUGUUUAGCGCAUAUAUAAAUUUUCCUGAUAUCAAUGUAAAUAUCAUUUGUAACAUUCUUUUGUAUUUUUUUGUGAAAUGUUUCCUAAAUUCAGAUUUAAUAAAAAAAAAUUUUAAAGACAAAUCA